AUGCACAGUUUUGCUCACCCAGUGCUCACCUCCAGUUCUGCAGCCUGGUUCCUAACAGACUGUGGACCGGUCCACAACCUGGGGGUUAGCACCCCUGUCCUAAGGGAAGAUCAAUGCCCUGAUCCUGAUACAGCUAAAUUUGCAGAGUAUUACAUGGAUCAGUAUGUUGUGGGUACUUCGGCUCGUUACGUAUGUGAUGAAGGCUACAAGAGACAAGCAGGAAAAAGUAACAUCAUUAACUGCAUGAACGUGUCUGGAAUCGCUCGGUGGAAGUCCACUCACCAACCAGUUUGCCUAGGGCCGUCUCCUACUGAAAAAUGGGAGAAGAGUUCCAGUGGGUCCCAACUCAGCACCAGCACCCCAACAGUCAUGGAAGGAUAUUGCGGAGUUCCCGCCCCAUACAAGCACGCCACGAUUAAAGUGUUAAAAUACAAAGUGGGACAAAAACUAAGCUAUAAAUGCUUGAAUGAAUCUCAAGCACGGGCUCCUAUCACUGGUAUUAUUAGGUGUGAGGAUUCUAGCGGCGUUGCGGUCUGGUCCGGCUUAAAUCCACGAUGCACCAAUGACGAAGCAAUCCCUCGAUCACAGUCGCAGAAGCAAUACCUCAAUCCAGCUCUUUCAUUCGUUAUGAUUGCAGUGACAAUGGUCUUCGUUUUAUAAAGGUUGCUUACCAGCGGAAGGAACCCAGGCACAAGAUAGCUCCCUACGA